CGGAUCCUGCCAGCUUGUUCUUUUGUUUCACAACUAUAAAGCUACCAAUUGCUCCCGGCUUGUUGGGGCUCUGUUUGCUCAUGUUCAAAGUAUUGCCUCGUAUCCGCCAGCUAUCGCAGCAUUUCGUGCAACCCAGUUAUUCCGCGGGGUUCUCCAAAUUGUCAACCUCCGGCCUCUCCGCACCAUCAUAUCUCGUAUCUUCAACGCGCACCAUGGCGACCAACAAAAUCACCGAUUGGGUCAAUCCCGCCGACAAGUCCGGCGAAUUCAAGCGUCAAACAUCGGCGUUCCGCAACUUCAUUUCCAAUAAGCCCGGCGCUGAAUUUCCCCCCGAGAAGGGCCGCUAUCACCUUUACGUCUCAUACGCCUGUCCCUGGGCCCACCGCACCUUGAUCACCCGCAAGCUCAAGGGCCUCGAGGACAUCAUCUCCUUCACUUCCGUGCACUGGCACCUGGGCGAGAAAGGAUGGCGCUUCGCCACCGCGGAGGAGCAAGAGCCCUCGCAGAACGUCACCUCCGACCCCAACCACCCAGAAUUCACGCACCUGCGCGAGAUCUACUUCGCCGAAGACCCCGACUACAGCGCACGCUUCACCGUUCCGGUCCUGUAUGACAAGAAGACCAAGCGCAUCGUAAGCAACGAGAGCGCCGAGAUCAUCCGCAUGCUCUACCACGAAUUCGACCCCCUCCUCCCCGAGCACCACCGCAGCAUCGACCCCUACCCGACGGACCUCCAAACCGAGAUCGACACCUCCAACGACUGGAUCUACAACGAUGUCAACAACGGCGUCUACAAGUCCGGCUUCGCCACGACGCAGGAGGCCUACGAGAAGGCCGUGACGCAGCUCUUCGCCUCGCUGGACCGGAUCGAGAAGCAUCUCGCCGAAAACACCAAGCGGGGCCCGUACUUCUUCGGCGACCGCCUCACCGAGGCCGACAUCCGGCUGUUCACGACCAUCGUGCGGUUCGACCCCGUCUACGUGCAGCACUUCAAGUGCAAUAUCCGCGACAUCCGGUCCGGGUACCCGGCCAUCCACCGGUGGUUGCGCACGCUGUACUGGGAGGUGCCCGCGUUCCGUGACACCACCAACUUCGAGCAUAUCAAGAAGCACUAUACCAAGAGUCAUAAGCAGAUCAACCCCUUCGGGAUCACGCCCGUGGGGCCGGUGCCGGAUGUGCUGCCGUUGGAGGAGGAGGUGCGAGCUGUUGUUUAGGUUUUCAGGAAAGGGUCGGAAGGUUAAAAAUUGUCGGUGGUGGAUUGGGCGGUAUUGUUGUUUGUAUCGCAUCGAUACAGUUGUCACGAAGGAUGAGUACCAAAUAAUUUUAGAACACUUUUAUGAACUAUACUCAAUGA